AUGCAAUCUCAAUUGUUCAAUAAACUACCAUCCCAACCUGAGAAAAAUCCUAAGGAGAAUGCUAGUGCAGUGACUUUCAAAAGUGGGAAAUACUACGACCCACCUAUCAUCCCAAAACCAAAACCAGUGCCAUCCAAACCACAAGAUGAUAGUCCAAAAGAUGAGAAAGAGGCACCUAAGCCAAAAACUCCAACUCCACCAAAGCCUACCAUUGUAGAAGCCAUAGCAGCCAGAACUAACAAUUCAAAAACGGUGGUGGAUUUCAUUCGCUCUAACAUCUUUAUUCGUUUUGGUACACCAAAAGCUAUCAUUAGUGAUAGGGGCACCAACUUCUGCAACAAGAGUAUUGAAGCACUUUUUCGUCGUUACAGUGUAACUCACAAGGUAGCUGUACCUUAUCACCCUCAAGCCAAUGGACAAGCAGAAGUCUCUAACGGAGAAGUCAAACUUAUUCUUGAGAAGAAUGUGAAUCGAAACCAAAAAGACUGGAGUACAAGGCUAGAUGAUGCUUUAUGGGCCUACCGGACUGCUUACGAGACACCUAUCGGUAUGUCACCAUAUCGGUUGGUUUAUGGAAAACCAUGUCACCUACCAGUCGAACUAGAACACAAGGCUUGGUGGGCGGUAAAAAAAUGUAACAUGGACAUGGUGGUGGCUGGCCAACAAAGAAUGCUUGAAUUGCAUGAAUUGGAGGAGAUUCGCAAUGAAGCCUAUGAAAGCUCGAGAAUCUACAAAGAGAAGACAAAGUCCUUUCAUGACAAGAACAUUCAUCGGAAAAAUUUUGUAGAAGGUCAAAAAGUUUUGAUGUAUCACUCUCGACUCAAACUCUUUCCAGGGAAGUUGAAGUCUUGGUGGAUAGGACCCUUUGUAGUCACGAAAGUUUUUUCUCAUUGUGCGGUGGAGGUUGUGAGUCCAACUACAGGAAAGGCUUUCAAAGUGAAUGGUCAGAAGUUAAAGCCAUAUUAUGAGUCAAUAGUCGAAGUCAAUAGUCGAAGAGCAAGCUGCAGUAAUCCAUCUUGUUGA